AUGUGGCGCCAAAAGCAGCAACAGGCGAUCGCGGCCAAGAAGAUCCAGACAGUAUGGCGCAUGCACCAUGCCCAACGCAAGUAUAAAGAGAAACUGAAGAUGCACAGCUAUCGCACCCAUGUGGCGGAGGAGAUUCUGUCCACGGAACGCCUCUACGUCAACCAGCUCUUUGAACUCGUCCACCACUUUUUGCAUCCGCUGAGGGACGCCAACGCGAGCGGGAAGCCCAUCUUGUCGGACGCCGAGAUCCGUCAAAUAUUCUCGACCGUGGAGAUCAUUCUGGCCACCAACAAGGACCUCCUCGAAGCUCCCCUCGUCAAGCGCGUCGAGCAGCAGUGGCAUCCAAACCAAAUGAUCGGCGACAUCUUCGUGAGGAUGGCCGGCAUUCUCAAGAUCUACACCGAAUACAUCCAGAACUUCAACGAAGCCCUCAGCCAAAUCCAGGAGUGCAAGAAGUCGAUCAUCUUCCUGGAGUUCUGCAACCAGGCCUUCCCCAAGUUCUCCUUCUCCGUCGUCGAUCUGCCCUCGCUCCUCAUCACCCCCAUCCAGCGCAUCCCCCGCUACCAGCUCCUCCUCAAGGACCUCCUCAAGCACACCUGGCCGGACCACCCGGACUACGGGAACCUGACCAAGGCGCUGGGGCUGAUCACGGACACGGCCAACUAUGUAAAUCAGAAGAAGAUGGAGGCCGAGAACAUCCAGAAGUGCAUGGCCAUCCAGGCCACCCUCUCCGGCAAGAACCUCGAGAGUUUGAUCGAUCCGCACAGACGGUUCGUGCGGGAGGGGGCGCUCAAGGAGGUCAACGACAAGGGCAAGCUCAAGCAGAAAUGGUAUAUCCUGUUCAACGACAUCCUCGUGCACUGCGAGAUGUCAAAGACGAUGACCAAGUCGCUGACCAACAAGGACAAGAGCAAGCGAGGGACGAUGAACCUCAAGGACCUCACCCAGCAGAAGCUCUUCAAGUACAAGGGCAAGCUGCUGCUGGAGAAGGCGUCGAUUGUAAAUUUAGGGGACGAGGGGCUCAAGACCAACGGGUUCGAGGUGGUGACCUCGAGGGAGUCCAUGUGGCUGUGCGCCCACGCCAAGGAGGAGAAGGACGAGUGGAUGAAGGACCUCCUCGACUGCAUCAAGGAGACCAAGGACAAGCUCUCCGCCCACGACGAGCAAGUGACGCGCAUCGCCAAGCAGCGGGCGUCGCUCACCAAGUCGCUGCUGAGCGAGCAGCUCAUGUACCGCACGCGCAGCUCCUCCACCGUCUCUGACGACGACCUCGCCCGGACCUUCUCCUCUGACACCGUCGAGCAACAGCUCCGAAACCUGCUCGAGGAGGGCGACGGGGAGGACGUGGCGGCCCACUCGUCGACGGCGGCGGCGGGGGCCAAGCCCGAGAAGCGGAGCCUGCGAGACUUCAAGAAGAAGGUGGCCACGGGGUCGCGCCACCAGUCGCUCACCGUGGGCGCCCUCUCGAUCGAGGCCCUGCGCGAGCAGCACGCGGCUGAGUCCGCCGAACAACACGAGAACGGCCUGGCCACGCCCGACAGUCCCAACACCUCGUCGGGCGAGAAGCGCACGCGCCGGUUCGUGGGCCUCAAGCGCAACAGCCUCAAGCACGGCGUGGGCGGGACCAGCAACAACGGCAGCGGCAAUGGCACCAACGGCAGCACGAUCGGCGGCAGCGCGUCGAGGGACGACCUGAGCCCGGUGUCGUCGCCGUCGCCGCAGAUGCGACGGUUCGCCUCCAAGAAGAACGACCUCAUCGCCCAGAAGGAGAAGGAGCUCGCCGAGUCGGCCGCGGCGGGCUCCGCCGGCGACGAGCCUCGCACCCGACGAUUCGCUGGCAUGCGACGCGACACCUGGAGCGGCGACCGGCCCACACUCGGAGCUGGCGGCGAUUCGUCGGGCGAGCUGGACACGGUGCCGGCGGUGCCGUGCGGCAUUUCGCCUGUGGCGUCGCCGUCGGCCUCGCCAGCGCCGGCCAAGGUGCGCAAGUUCGCGAGCCUCAAGCGCGAGAACUACAAGGACCUUUAG